UCGUCAACAUUAACUUUUUUUUUCAGUUUUUUUUGGACAUUCCUCCUUGAUUUACCAUGGAUUCAACAGAAGAAUCAUCACCAACGUCGGAGUCAUCAAACACUAUCAUGGACAUGGAUCUUCAUAACACUUUUGCAGAGUUGAUGUUCCACUUGCUCCCAUCUCCAUAUGAGUCUCAAGAGAUCAACCAUCUCACCCUGGCUUACUUUGUCAUCUCUUCCCUCGACAUCCUCAACUCUCUCAAUAGGGUCGAGAAAGAUGCUAUUGUUGAUUGGGUUUUAUCCUUCCAAUUUCAUCCUGGAACCAAAACUGACCCCAACAAUGGGCAAUUCUAUGGCUUCCAUGGUUCCAGAACUUCACAAUUUCCUCCAGAUGAUAAUGGGGUUUUGCUUCACAACCAUAGUUACUUGGCAAGUACUUAUUGUGCCCUAGCAAUAUUGAAGAUUGUUGGCUAUGAUUUGUCCAAUGUUGAUUCUGAAUUAAUGUUGGCUUCAAUGAGGAACCUUCAGCAACCUGAUGGAAGUUUUAUGGCUAUUCAUAUUGGGGGUGAAACAGAUCUUAGGUUUGUAUACUGCGCAGCUGCCAUAUGUUUCAUGCUGGACAACUGGAGCGGCAUGGAUAAGGAGAAAGCCAAAGAUUACAUAUUGAAUUGCCAGUCUUAUGAUGGAGGCUUUGGAUUAGUACCUGGUGCGGAAUCUCACGGCGGUGCAACUUAUUGUGCAAUUGCAUCUCUUCGGUUAAUGGGAUUCAUCGAAGAUAAUCUUCUUUCCAGUUGUGCUUCUUCUUUGAUAGAUGUUCCAUUACUUCUGGAUUGGAUUGUGCAGCGGCAGGGAAUGGACGGUGGAUUUCAGGGUAGAACAAAUAAAACUGCCGAUACAUGUUAUGCAUUUUGGAUUGGAGCUGUUUUAAAGAUUCUGGGGGCAGAGGACUUUGUCGACAUCAAAGCUCUACACAGAUUUUUGCUUACCUGUCAAUAUAAGUAUGGUGGUUUCAGUAAAUUCCCUGGAGAAUUUCCAGACUUGUACCACUCCUACUAUGGAUUCGCUGCAUUCAGCUUGUUGAAAGAAUCUGGCUUGAAGUCACUUUGUUGUGAACUUGGAAUCACUGAAACAGCUGCAAAGGGACUCUAACUUCACAGAUGUUUAAAUAUUUUCUCUUGGGGUUAAGUGUGUUUGCAUUGGUUUUGGUCACUGCCUUUUUUCCAAUAGAAAUUGAUGCCUUUUGUAUGAAGCUUUCAUAGUUAGGUGAAGUUUAAUUUUCCCAUUUGGUGUGAUGUGAAAUUGUGCAUGACUAAUUGACUAUAUUUAAAAUUAAUUUAUAUAAACAACAAGAAUUUAAUUUUUCAAACAACCAA